AUUGAUUUAAAUGCAUUAUCAAUAGUUACCAAAAAUCGUUAUAAUUUUGUUUACAGAAAAGUAUCUGUAUUUAAUACAACACUAUAUGUUUAUUAUUUAAAGUUAUGAGAAUGAAAACAUUAUUUAUCAUUAUUUAAAAAAUAUAUUUAUGUUCAGUCAGUGGACACCCUUCAAAAGGAGAAGGUGGAGAUUUCAUUCUUGAAGCGAUUAAUAAGAAAAUCCAAAGAUGGUUGCCCCCGGGGAUACCGCUUGAAAAACAUUGGCGACAGGUGUGUCGAACAGCACAUAUACUUGAUAAGAUUCGUGAAAAUACUUUACAACAGUGUACAAUAACCGAGGACAGAUCGUCAUAUGUUUAUAAAAGAGAUAUAUCAAAUGAAAUAGAGAAAUACCGGAUGAGACUGAGGAAAAUAGGAUAUCUUAACAACAAACAGACGUUAUCAAGCCGACAUACAUCUGUUAAUGGCGAAAUUUUGGACCACGAGCUUUAUUUGUUUGAAAAUCAAAUAAAUGUCAAUAUAGAAGCUUUCCUGAAUUGUCCUGAAAAUCCGCAAAUUACACCAGUUUUCACCACGGAGUUGCAGAGAACAACAUUUCAUUCCAUUGAACGUAAAACAAAGAAGCAGUUGAAUGACAUCAUCGAGAGAGAUCUCAAGGAAAUUGAAGAAAACGGCAACAUGGAAGACGCAUAUGUUUUUAAAAAUAAGUGGAUUAAAGUUAAAAGUCGGCCAAAACAAGAAAUGCUUCAAUUUUAUAAAGAAUUGGUUGCUUCUAUAGAAAGUUCAAAGGCAGAUUCAAAUUACAUUUCCGAUGAUGACAGUAGUGAGGACGAUAAUUCUUAACGAUGUAACCAAAGGAAGAAGGUAUAACAUAUUUCACAACCUACCAUUAUGGACACCUCGUAUAUAAGCUGCACGAAAUUCACGUGUAGUAGUAGUCAAUAUUUAAGAUACCGAAUUGCUAUUUGGCGAAAAAAUGUGUAACAAGUAUCCUCAGAAAUAAUGAAUUUAAAAUUUGGAAAUUAUUUUGGACACACACUGUACGUUUGUUACUAUUUUUAGACGGCUUCAGAUGCUGAUUAUGAUUACAACAAUAUUUUGAAAAAAUAAUU